GGACCAUUUCUCUCACUACCGUCUCCUGUUGCCCGAACCCUGCCCACUCUCGCAACGGGCGUAGAGCGGAAUGUCAGGAUACGAUGAGCGACUCCUCGCGAGUGCGCCGGUCGCCACACGGGCAGAGAAACAGGAAGGAUACAACAUCGAUCUACUAGAAGACAGCCGGACUCGCCCGGGUGCCCGCUCGGCCUCCGCAACACCACCCCCACCACCUGUCGCCCAUUCCAGCGACCACUCGAAGGCAGAGGCGGGAGGCUACGCUGGCUCCGCGCAGAACGGGUACGCACCCGCGACCCGCACGCCAUGGUACAAGACCCGCAAGUGGCUCAUCUUCUUCUUCAUCGGCGCGAUCGUCGUAGUCGCGGCCGUCGUCGGGGGAGCGGUGGGAGGCACAGUCGGAUCGCACAAGAAAUCCACAGACGCGGCGGUGAAGGGCGGAGGGGACUCGAGUGGCCCUGGCGGAGCGUCACAUAGUUCGGAAUCCGCGGCGUCGAACACGGCAGCGGGGGGAGGACAGGCGGCGGCCCCUACGUCUGCGAGCUCGGACGGAACGCCUGCUUCGACGACUGCUACCGCUCAAACUACGUCGAGCGGCGCCGGCGGCGGAAGCCAGUGAGCGCGCGGUCGGUUGGUCGGUCUAUGGGAUACCUUGAUUGUUGCUCCCUUGCGAAAGAUCUCCAUGUGUAUUUUUCGUCAAGACGGUACUGGAUUUAUUGUCGAUCUCUCUGUACGCUAAGAUAUGCUACAACUAUUGAGUUCGUUCUUUC